ACAAUGUUUACCGACUUUAUCCCGUAGUACUGACUACAACGUGCACAUGUUCAAGAAUAUGGCUACCAAAAGAAAACAUGUGGUUGCUGCAACCGAGGAAAUUACUGACAACUCGGCUGACAUCCUGAACAAACAUGCCUCUGAUGACGGACGGGAUGAUGAAGGGUUCUCCGAUACCACCGACUCUGAAGAAAGUGUGUACUCCGGACUGGAGGAUGAAGAGGAUACCUCAGAUGAAGAGCCUGAGGAUGAGAGUGAUGAGGAGAAUGAGGACCGGGAUGCAGAUGGAAGAAGCGAAGGUGAAGGAGUUGCCCCCAGAGAUGAGACGGAGUCGACCCCCUCAGGCAGCGCCGCUGCCGAUCAAGUUCCACAGACAGACGAAUAUGAACAUGAUUCAUCUGAUGAAGAGGAUAUUCGCAACACAGUGGGCAAUAUCCCCAUGGAAUGGUACCGAGAGUAUCCUCACAUUGGCUAUGACAUCUUAGGCCGGCGCCUCAUAAAGCCAAAGAAGGGAGACGAACUCGAUGAAUUCCUCAACAAAGUUGAUGAUCCUGACUACUGGAGGACUGUCACCAACAAGCUGACUGGGCAGAAUGUGGUGUUGAGCAAGGAGGAUCUCGAUCUGAUCAACAACAUACAGAGGAGUCGCAAUCCCAUGGGAUCUGAGACCAUGUUCCAGCCCUGGAUCGAGUACUUCACCAACGAGACGAUGAUCCACCCCGUAACCGCCCACCCAGCACAGAAGAGAAGCUUCAUACCAUCUAAGUGGGAGAAGUUGAAAGUGGGUCAGAUGGUGCACGCCAUCAAGAUGGGCUGGAUGAAGCCACCCAAGGUGCCGGACAGUGAUGAGGAAGAGAAGGAAGAGCCAGAGGAAGAGCAGCCGACUUACUUCAACAUCUGGAAGGAUGACGAGGAGCCUGAGAUAACGCGGCGGUACCGACAACACAUCCCUGCCCCAAAGAUGUCCCUGCCUGGCCAUGAGGAGUCGUACAACCCCCCUUCCGAAUACCUGCUGACUGAGGACGAGGAGAAGAAAUGGCAAGAGCAAGAACCUGAAGAUAGAAGAUUAAAGUUUUUGCCACAGAAGUAUUCUUCCCUGCGCCUGGUCCCCGGGUUUGCCAGGUUCAUCCAGGAGAGGUUUGAGAGAUGCCUUGAUCUGUAUCUGUGUCCGCGCCAGAAGAAGAUCAGGAUGAAUGUAAACCCAGAGGAUCUGAUCCCCAAACUGCCCAAACCGAAGGAGCUGCAGCCAUUCCCCACCACACAGUCCGUGAUCUACAGGGGCCAUGAGGGGAUUGUACGCUGUAUCUCCGUCGAGCCCAGCGGUCAGUGGUUGGCUUCAGGUUGUGAUGACAAGACGGUGCGGCUGUGGGAGGUUGCGACCGGCCGGUGUAUGAAGACGUUGCAAAUGGGGGAGAAAGUGAAAAGUCUGGCAUGGAACCCCAACCCAGCUCUCUGUCUCGUCGCCGUCGUCCUAGAGCAGAGUGUAGUUGUGGUGAACCCAGGACUGGGAGACAAGCUGAUCGUGUCCAACACUGACACCGUUGUGGCGGCCUUCCAGCCUCCCCAGGAAGAGGCGGCAGGGAAGAAGGUGCCGGUGGAGUGGGAGUUGUGUACAGGCAAGGAACAUCAGAGCGGCUUCCGACUCAGGAUGAAACAUCCAAAGGAAGUGUCGUACGUGACGUGGCAUGGCAAGGGAGACUAUCUAGCCACAGUGAUGCCGAAGGGAGACAGUAUGUCAGUCCUCAUACACCAGCUGUCCAAGAGGAGGUCGCAGAAUCCAUUCUCCAAGUCUAAAGGUCUCGUGCAGAAAGUGGCCUUCCAUCCCAUACGUCCAUAUUUGUUUGUAGCUACCCAGCGCUAUGUGCGAGUGUACAAUCUCCUGAAGCAGGAACUCACCAAGAAGCUCAUGACCAACUGUAAAUGGGUGUCAAGUAUGGCCGUUCAUCCUGGAGGAGACAACGUGAUAGUCGGCAGCUACGACAGCAGGUUGAGUUGGUUUGACCUUGACCUUUCCACCAAACCCUACAACACUCUCAGACACCACAAGAAGGCGAUCCGGCAGGUGUGUUAUCACAGGAAGUACCCGCUGUUUGCUUCGGCCUCUGAUGAUGGGUCUUUGAUCGUCUGCCACGGAAUGGUCUACAAUGACCUGCUCCAGAACCCCCUCAUAGUGCCUGUGAAAGUGUUGAAGGGUCAUGUGACCACCGGUGGACUCAGUGUAUUGGACUGUGAGUUCCACCCCACACAACCCUGGGUGUUCUCCAGUGGAGCAGACGCCACAAUCCGACUCUACACAUGAUCCAGUACGACACGAUCCAUCUCGACACAAGAACCAUUCGACACAUGAUCCAGUACGACACGAUCCAUCUUGAAAUCUGUUCCAUCUUGACACAUGAUCCAAGUUGAGAGCUCCAUGAUAAAUGUCCAUCUUGACAUGCUCCGAUACGAUUUGAUCCAGCACAACACACUAUCCAAGUUAAAGUCCAUGGUGCCAAUGUGAAGAAAACAGUUUAAGAUCAAUCUAACAAGAUGCUGAAUGUAUGUACAAGCUGCUCUGCUCUGACUAGAUUCCUCACCUCCAGGACACGACACCGGUCAGGAAUGGCAGAGAACGGCAGCCUCGGCCUUCCACAGCAAUCAGAACACUACGAGUCAGUGUUAUAAGUAUGUGGAACUAAUUCCUUUGUGGAACAAGCUUGUCUUUGUCACAUGACUGUUGAUGGAAUUAUAGAUCAUGGGUACUUUUAGCCAGAAGAUGAGCAAGUAUGUUGACGUCACAAUACAGUCACCUACUUCUUGUAUUGUUUAUUGUGUACCAAAUAAAUCGUAGUUUUUCUCUACCAGUUACCAUGGUUACUGGUGCAAGGUUUUACCCUGACUUUCAAAAUUAAUUUUAAGUGUUCCUCCAGGCAAUAUGGGAGACCUAUACAGUAAUGUGAUGGUACAUUACUUCUGAAUGUAGCCUGGAAUGAAGCCAUGAUCAUGUGGACAGUGGUCAUGAUUGAUGGAGGGAAAAAUAGAAUAACUGCUCUUGAUGUGCAGUAGGCACACUGAAUAUUAUUGUCCUUCUGGAUGCAGUAUUUUUUGUUUCUGCAUCCAUUCUCAACAUUUGUGCAGACUGGAUUCCAUUUGUGUUGCGUAGAACUCGUUGGUGUCACAUGCUCUCACGAAUGUCAUGCCACACCACGUGGGUGGGUGGGUGUUGAUACAAGACAAGGGAUCGUUCCUUGUGGCCAUCUCUCACUCAGGGUCACCAACAUUGGGAGGAAGGAGAAUAACAAGAGACACUUCCGGUAGUGUCGGUGUAAAUACCAUGGAAUAUUAAUGGUGUAUAAACAUUAGUCCUGGUCAAGACUCCAUGCAAAUAGGUGUACAUAGAAGUAACAGUUAAAUAAAUAUGAAUGUGCAA